AUGCUGGACUCAAUUUUAAAUAAUAAUCAUAGCUUAAUUUUGGACACUACAUUCCAUCCUUCUCACCUAAACGAAUACUUUUCAAAACUUUGUCAACACCAGUCAGGAGGAAAAUUUAAUGCUCAUCCUUGUGAAAGGGAGACCACUACUGACUAUGAAUUCAUUGAUGUAAUUCGAAACUCUAACUAUUCUAUUGAACACAUGAUGCACGAAACUUUGAGUCUGAUUACUUUGGAUCCAAAGUUACGGAGCUAUUUUUAUAGACCUUACAUUACAUUUUCAGGACCUUCUUUAUUAUUUGCCAAUCAUUAUUCAGCUGGUUGUGAAAUUGCUUUCCAAUACAUGGAAGAGCCUGAACUUUCUUAUCGAGACCAAAAUGGGUUAACUGUACUGCACUACAUUGCAGAGAAUUUUUUGGAGAUUAAGCAACAGAAAAUUUUAACAGAAAAAUUAGUCAAAUAUCCCCAUUUAUUGAAUAUUUGUGAUAAUAGGGGAAGAGUUCCAACUGAUAUUUUUAUGCCACCAUUUGCAACAAAUUUUUUACGUAACUAUAUUGAAGAAAAUGAAAUUACAAUUGAACGAAGGUACAUACCAUUUAACCCCUUCGAGUUACCUUCAAAGAAACAAAAACGAAUUGAUUCAUAUUUUAAGAAGAAACAAUAA